AUGAGGACAGAAGAGAGUGCAGUUCCAAAUGAAUUCAACCCAAAUGUUGUUCGGACUGGUACCGCCAAGGAAGGGAGUUUUGGUCCUACUCUUGGUUUGAUGGAUAUUGGUGUGAGUCCAACAGCCUACCUCUGUCUGAUUGCCCUGCCUGGUGUUCGAAACAAUGGACAUGAACUCCAGAUUGAUAUCCAUCGCGACGGAAAUGUAACUAUAAAAGGGACCUCAACGGGUGGAAGACUUUUGAAGGACUUACCAACAAUUGCGCAUGCAGUGAUGGUGGUGCAACAGGUAAGCCCGCCUGGAGAGUUUACCAUUUCCUUCAGCCUGCCUGGACCUGUUGAUCCCAAGCUCUUUGAAGCUGACCUCAGGCCAGAUGGCAUCCUUGAGAUCAUGCUGAUGAAGAUCAGUGUGCGAGUUGUCCAAGGUUGA